GAUUUUUAGGAACUAGGUGCCGAGUAGAAGGUGGUGGAAGUUGAAAAUUCAAAUGAUCAAAGCAGAAAUUGGCCCACAGCAUGAAUUUGUCCUCGCCAGAGGGCGUAACAAUGCUUGUCGUGAUGCAGUUGAGGCCAUCUCGCUCAAGUCAACAGCAAUUCUUGGAACAUCGAGCCCACUCCAACUCUCUUCCCUAGUCCAGCAUUUUCCACCAGUGUUCGCGCUUAACAUUCAUCAUGAAGAUCUCUACUGUUCUUCUCGGCCUAGUCGCAACUGUGGCCUCGUCGGCCAUCCCCAGCGAGCCUCGCGGUGUUGAAGUCCAAUACGCGCCCCUACCUUUUCCAAUUGGCCAGGCCGGAUGGGUUGGGGUCUUGGAGGAGGGAGGCCCUGUGGUUGAGGUCUGGGGAUCCGACCUACUCGAUAUUGAAGCCAAGGUUCAGGAGGCGCACAGCGCGUCCAUCUUCAACGGCACUGUCGAUGUUGAAGGCAUUCCCGCUACCCCUGAGGUUGCCACAGCCUUCUACAAUGAAGCCCAGAACCGCCAAAACGCAAAGCGAUCCCUUGAGAAGAGAGCUCCCCAUUGCUUCGAGAAAUGGGGUAAAGUAGAUGGCUUCCAGGUCAACACUGGCGUGAACAAUUUGCGCGCCGUCAACGGAGGUUGCAAGGUCAGAGCGCGCCAGUGUAUUCGCACCCAGUGUGUCGGUGAAGCGGCAAUCGCUCUUUGUAACGACAACUAUUACGAUCUCGAGGUCUCAUGCGGUCACGUUGCCGAUCUUGCGCAGGCUAUCGCCCACGACUGCAUCUGGGUGGACAUUUGCUUUGACCCAAAGCAGCCAGCCCAUACCUGCAAGACUUGGUCCGCUGGCCAGAACUUUGACGGCAGUCACAACGUGAUUGUUGGCAACUGUGGUGCUGUCAGCUCUAGUGGCCAGCCUGUCAAGGCUUAG